AUGCCGGGCAAGGAAAUUCCAGAAUCCUGCAUGAACUGCCGCGAAGCGCAGCCUGCCUUCAUCCUGCGCGGCCGUCAUGUCUGUCAAGCCUGCUAUGUACGCUUCGUGAACUACAAGCCAUUCAAACGCACGGAAAACUAUCGCCUUAGGAAGAAUAUGCCACAAGAUGAACCCUGCAGACUAUUACUCCCACUUUCCUAUGGCCUGUCGUCUACGGUCUUGCUGCAUAUGUUGCAUGAGCAAAUUGAAGUUAUGCGCCUCAAGACGCAUGGUCCUAAGGGCUUUGAGCUUCUCGUCCUUACAAUCGAUCCCUCGACUAUUUCCUCUAUACCUGCGCAUGAUGAAGCUUUUGAGACUGCCGAGAAACUCUUUCCUCACUGCUCCUUUACGACCAUUCCGUUCUACAGCAUUUUCGAUUUUGAUCCCAGCAUUGGCGAAGUUAUGUCUCAAUAUGCGAAUGCGAGUUUCCAGGAUCAAGCUUCGUUGUCUAAUCAGGAACGCCUAGAAGCUUUCCGUGCAUCUAUCUCAACCGCGACUUCAAGAGCUGACGUCGACAACAUCCUUAUCAAUCGACUUAUUGUCGCCUUUGCGAAGAAGAUGGAGUGUCGAGGCAUAAUGUGGGGGGAUUCCGACAGCAAGCUGGCUGCCAAGACACUCGCAAAUGUUGCAAAGGGUCGCGGCUCUUCGGUGACUUGGCAGGUGUGCGAUGGCAUGUCUCCUUAUGGUCUCGAAUACAAUUUUCCUCUUCGGGACUUGUUCACUGUUGAAUUGCACAACUAUGCUAGCUUCUUCCCCGAACUUGCUGACCUCAUUAUUCCCCAUCAGCCGACUUCGGAGAAUACGCUUACAAAGAAUCUGUCAAUCGACGAGCUGAUGGUCCGUUAUGUCACUACACAGGGCGAGAAAUACCCUGGUGUUAUGUUGAACGUAACUAGAACAGCAAGCAAACUCCAAUCAUCCAGCACGCGUUCGGCGGAAUAUCAAUGCAAUCUUUGCGGGGCUCUCAUGUCUAAUAAGGAUGCAGCUUCAACCACGCCACAGGCCACAGGCCUUCACUCGGACAGCCUGACUCCCAGGAUAUGUUAUGCGUGUGCUCGAUCCCGGCCCGAGCUAAGUUGCUAA